UCCGAACGCGAGAGCUAUCUCCAAGCUCGACGAAGCCUUCCCCGAGCCCCCAGACCAAGAAACCGCCCUCCUCCUCCUAAACACCCUCCGGCCCUGGCAGAACUGCUACCACUUCUUCACCUACCUCAAGACCCGCAGCUUCUUCCCCCUCGAAACCAUCUUCUACAACGUCACGAUGAAGUCCCUCACACGGGGGAAGCAACACGAGAUCGUCGAGGGGCUGGCGCACCAGAUGCUCGACGAAAAGACCGAGCUGGACAACGUCACUUACUCCACGAUCAUCACCUGUUUGAAGAGGUGUGGGAGGUUCGGCGAGGCGAUCGGGGCUGGGGUGACGCCUGAUGAGGUUACCUACUCGGCGGCGCUUGACGUGUACGCGAAGCUCGGGAAGAGGGAGGAGGUCGUCGGGUUGUACGAGCGGGCGCGGGCGGGGGGCUGGAAGCCCGACGCGGUUGCGUUCGCGGUGCUUGCGAAGAUGUUUGGCGAGGCCGGGGACUAUGAUGGGAUUCAGUAUGUUCUUAGAGAGAUGAGGGGGCUUGAAGUGAAACCUAACCUUGUUGUGUAUAACUCGUUGUUGGAGGCAAUGGGGAAAGCAGGAAAGCCUGGGCUAGCCCGGAGCUUGUUUGAGGAGAUGGUAGAAGAAGGGUUGUCGCCGAAUGAGAAAACGUUGACGGCUUUGAUCAAGAUUUAUGGCAAGGCGAGGUGGAGUAAGGAUGCUCUGCAGCUUUGGGGGAGGAUGAGGGAGAGGAACUGGCCGAUGGAUUUCAUUCUGUACAACACGCUGUUGUCAAUGUGCGCGGAUCUUGGGCUUGAAGAGGAGGCGGAGGAGUUGUUUGAGGAUAUGAAGAAGAGGAGGAGUGGCCCGAGGCCUGAUAAUUGGAGUUACACAGCGAUGAUCAAUAUAUAUGGGAGCGGGGGGAAGCCAGAGAGAGCUUUAGAGAUGUUUGAUGAAAUGAUACACAACAAAAUUGAGCCUAACGUGAUGAGUUGCACUUGUUUGAUUCAGUGUCUAGCAAAGGUGAGGAGGGUGAAAGAUGCAGUGAAAGUGUUCAAUACUUCGUUAGAGAGAGGGGUUAGGCCUGAUGAUCGGCUUUGUGGGUGUUUGCUCUCCGUUGUUGCCUUGUGUGAGCAGGAGGAGAUUGAUAUGGUUCUUUCUUGCUUAGAGGAGGCAAACCCUAGGCUUGUUCGAUUCAUUGAGAUGUUAGGAGAUGAAGAAACUAGAUUUGAUGAGGUUAAGGGAGAACUUAAAGGGAUAUUGAAUCAAGCUAGUGUAGAAGUGAGAAGGCCCUUUUGCAAUUGCUUGAUAGAUAUAUGUUUGAACCGAGGCUUUCCUUCUCAGAGAGCGCAUGAGAUUUUAUAUUUGGGAAAUCUCUAUGGAUUAUAUCCUGGUAUGCAUACAAAGAGCUCCGAUGAGUGGUCACUAAACCUACGAUCGCUCUCAGUUGGAGCAGCAAACACUGCUUUCGAAGAGUGGAUAAAGAGUUUAUCGAGCUCUGUUGAGAACGAUGAAGUAUUGCCUCAGAAUUUCUUGAUUCAUACCGGUUCAGGGACUCAUAGGUUUUCGCAGGGUUUGCCUGUUGCAUUUGCGUCACAUUUGAAGAAAUUGGCUGCUCCUUUUCGGAGGGAUGAGUCAAGAGGGGGGAGUUUUGUUGCUGAGAGAGAGGACGUGAUCUCAUGGGUACAGUCUAGAGUUGGAUCUUCUUCUGUUCUUGCUGUAUAAGGAGGCGAGAUAUUCUAAGCUAAAGUUCGUCAUUUCCAAUUUGAUGGUAAUUUUUCCAUUUCCGAUUCAGGUUUCUCUUCUUAACUUGAAUGCUUGUGUUUUCUUCGUCGGUGUAGCAUCUUCUACAGUUUGUAACAUGCUGAAGUAACAAGUAUAGUUUGAAGAAGAAAAGAAAAGAGACCUGCAUAUUUGACACAUGUUUUCUUUAUGAUUUUCAUAUUCUUCUUUUUGGUCAUACUAGUACUUUGCUGCACAUGAUGCAUGCAUUACACAAUGUACAUUUGUGUGAUAUCACCAUGUUUAUUACCAUCAAUGUACCUUGUCGCUGUACCAAAACUCUGAAGCUAUGAUGAAUGUUAAGAGUUA